CAGUUUACCUUGAGCGGCGCGACUGCCCGACACGAACCCACGUGACUUAACGAAUCGCGACGCGGCGGCAGCCGUUUGUUCUUUUACCCGCGUUCUGCCGCUUCGGUUUUGUUUAUAUAUCGCGUCGCUUCUUUUUUUCUCGGUUAAUGGUGGUGUUGGUGUCGCGUUUACCGCGAGCUUUAUUUCGGAUUAAUCCUACGAUGUAAAAGAACCCCGGAGGUCUAGUCGGCCAUGGACACGCGGCAAGCGACGACCCCGUCAGCGGAACCGCAAGGAACGACAAAAUGACGACGAUGCGUCGUCGCCUCCUCGAUUACCGAAUGCAAUGCGCGAACACGAACCACCUACUUGUCGGUCGCGUGCGGCGAUCGCGAAUGACGCGCCAUCUAGAGCUACGAUGACCGAUUGGGAAGGCAUGUGGCUGAGGGCGCUGGCCCGCCCGCCGCACUGCAGGUCGUUGCAGGACCUCCAGGUGAUUUAUUACGGCCUGAGCGGGCUGGAGGCGCUCCAAACGCUGCGAGACUCGAGCCUGCGCGCCCUAUGCAAAGUAGUGCGGUACGAGCGGCGCAUGGCCAACGACGUACUGUACCACACUGGAGAGCUGUCGACGUGCUGGUACAUCUUACUUUCUGGAUCAGUUUUCAUUGAUGGGUCCAUGUUCCUUCCUCGCUCCAGCUUUGGGAAACGGACGGGAGGCAGCGCGCGCAGACAGAACGAAUGUUUCGUGCUCGAGACAUCCGAGAUGAUCGUGAUAGACUAUCCAGACCUAGAGCAAACUAGAAGGCUCCCUAACGCGAUGGACCAUCCCCAGCACAGACCGAUCAGCAUCAUGUUCGACGACGCCUACGGCGGACAUCCGCCCAACAAUAUCCCGCGGCCGAGCCUCUACCACAAGUGCUCGCGGGGUUCCCACUCGUCGGACACGUCGUCCGCGUACAGCGGCUCCGACACGAUGGCCUCCACGCAUUCGGAACUGGACGGGGACGAGCCCGACCUCUCGGGACUGGUCGAGAGUAUAGUGGACAGCGAUGAGGAAGACGACCUGGCUGAAAGUAUGGACAGCUUGACCGUGAGAGAUAGAGUAAGAGACUGUUUGGAAAAAGACCCGUCGGAACGAACCGAAGACGAUAUCGAGACUCUGCUGGAGUUCACGCAGCACCUAAAAGCGUUCACCAAUAUGACGUUAGCGGUACGGAGAGCCUUGUGCGCCGUGAUGGUCUUCGCCGUGGUAGAGAAAGCUGGCACGGUGGUGAUGAACGACGGCGAAGAGCUCGACUCGUGGUCAGUGCUGGUCAACGGUUGCGUCGAGGUAGUCAUCUCCGGCGAAGAGAACCAAAUACUAACCAUGGGCGACGCGUUCGGCAUACUGCCCACCAUGGACAAACUCUACCACAAGGGCAUCAUGAUCACCAAGUGCGACGAUUGCCAGUUCGUUUGCAUCACCCAGUCGGAUUAUUACAGGAUACUCCACCAGGGCGAGGAAAACACGCGUCGUCACGAAGAAGACGGCAAACUGGUGAUGGUGACUGAACUACGCGGCUCCGUCGAGUCGGGUUGCAAUAGGCGUGGCCACGUGGUGAUCCGAGGCAGUCCCGAGCGCCUUAUGCAUCAAUUGAUCGAAGAAAACUCGCUCACCGACCCGACGUAUGUCGAAGAUUUUCUUCUCACCCAUCGGGUGUUUACACCCAGCCCGUUGCACAUCGCCGGCCAGCUUCUCGAGUGGUUCAAGGAGCCGGAGGUGCGGGACAGGGUCACCCGCGUCGUCCUGUUGUGGGUGAACAACCACUUUACCGAUUUCGAAACCGACCCGGACAUGAUCGAGUUUCUCGAAACGUUCGAGCAGUGCUUGGAGAACGAAAACAUGGUCGGUCAGUUGCGGCUAUUGAACAUCGCGUGCGCGGCCAAGGCCAGGAUCAGGAACGUAGUGCUCGCGAGACCGAAUCGCGACGAGCCGCUCAGCUUCCAGAUAUUGGGCGGGUUCGAACGAAAUUUCGGCAUUUUCAUAUCGAAGGUGGAUAAGAGGAGCAAGGCGGAGGACGUUGGAUUGAAACGCGGCGAUCAAAUACUCGAAGUUAACGGGCAGAGCUUCGAGCACGUGUCGCACGCCCGCGCCUUGGAGAUACUCCGCGGCACCACGCACCUCAGCAUCACGAUCAAGUCGAACCUGUUGAAUUUCAAAGAGAUGCUCAACACGCCGGACAAUUCGCCGCGACCGAGGAGCCGCAAGGUGUCGGAAAUCUCGAAAAUCCAACACGAUCCGCGCGCCAGGUUGUCCAGCGUCGACGGCAACCUAAUACUGAGCGCGGACACGCCCUGCUCGCAGCCGGUCACCAUCAACAGUCCCCAGCGCGAGGGCAAGAAACCCAUGUUCUCCACGAUGGGACCGAAGAAGCGGCUGCAGAAGGCGCUGAUGAAGAUGAACAUCCUGCCCAAGAAUAUUAUCAACAUGGGCACCGAUCAGGUCGACAGUUUCACGCCGCAGUCGAACCUGUCGACCAAUUUGUACCAGUCCCAGAGCAAUCCCGACCUGAUGUCGAUCUGUUACGACGACCUGAGGUGUACCGAUUACCCGGAACACGUUUUGAAGGUAUUCAAGCCGGACCAAAGUUAUAAAUACCUCCUGAUCCACAAAGAGACGACCGCGCACGAGGUGGUGAUGCUCGCGCUCCAGGAGUUCGGCAUGACCGACCCGAGUUCAAACUUCAGUUUGUGCGAGGUGUCGGUGACGGAUACGCAGACCAUAAAGCAGCGCCGCUUGCCCGAUCAGCUGCAGAACUUGGCGGAGAGGAUCGGUCUCAGUAGCCGGUACUACCUGAAGACGAACGGCGUGACCGAAACGCUGGUGCCGGACGAGCUCGCGCCCGAAUUAGUGCGCGAGAGCGCGGUUCAUUUCCUUCAAUUGAACGCGGUCGAGGUCGCCAUACAGCUGACGUUGCAGGACUUCAGUAUAUUUAGGCAAAUCGAGCCGACCGAAUACAUCGACGAUUUGUUCGAUUUGAAAUCAAAGUACGGUACCCCGAUGCUGCAACAGUUCGCUGCCCUCGUUAACAAGGAGAUGUUCUGGGUCGUCAGCGAGGUCUGCUCGGAGCAGAACCCCGUUAGGAGGAUGAAAAUCGUCAAGCAGUUCAUCAAAGUCGCAAGGCAGUGCAAAGAGUGCAAAAAUUUCAACUCAAUGUUCGCGAUCGUGAGCGGCCUGGGACAUGGGGCGGUAUCCCGAUUACGCCAGACGUGGGACAAGUUGCCGGGCAAGUACCAGAGGAUCUUCAACGAUCUGCAGCAGCUGAUGGACCCGUCGCGCAACAUGAGCAAGUACCGUCAACUGAUCAGCGCGGAGCAGACGCAGCCUCCGAUCAUCCCCUUCUAUCCGGUGGUGAAAAAAGACCUGACCUUUAUCCACCUGGGCAAUGAUUCCCACGUGGAGAACCUGGUCAAUUUCGAAAAACUGCGGAUGAUCGCCAAAGAGGUGAGGUCGUUGAGCAACAUGUGCAGCAGCCCCUACGACCUCCUGACUAUGCUCGAGCUGGGCGGGCAGCCGGCGAGCAACGCGAUGGUCGCGCUGAAUCAAAUGACGACCGCCGCGUCCCAGUACCACGCCCAAGGUCAGGCGACGGUCAAAAGGCGCAAAAAGUCGACCGCGGCGCCCAACCCCAAGAAAAUGUUCGAGGAGUCGCAGAUGGUCAGGCGGGUGAAAGCCUACCUGAACAAUCUCCAAGUGGUGACGGACGAGCAGAAGCUGCACGAGAUGUCGGUCGAAUGCGAGGGCAACUCUGCGGGCGGCGGCGGAUUCUCCGGACCGGGAAGCCAAAGGUCCAAGCGUCACGCAUCCCCCGCCCCUUCGACCACCAGUAGCACGAGUAGCGCCAGUGACGAACGAAAACCAACUGCCGCCAAAUUCGGGUCGGCGUCUCCGCAGGCGGUAAGAAAACUGCUGGCCCUGUCGGAGCCGAAUAAGACGCGGCCCCACCAACCCAGGCAACCGCCGACGCAGCAGGGACUGCCCGUCACGCAGCCUAGUCCGGCCGUGCGCAGGGCGCCCAGCGCGACCGGCAGUUACUCGAGUUACGGGUCGCACAGCUCGACGAGUUCGGGGGCGGGCGGUCGCGCUAUGCACGAACGUUCGCACUCGGACACGCCGUCGCCGCUACCGUCGGUCGCGCUAUCCGCCGAAAGUAGCAGCGUGACGUCGCUGAGCAAUCUGCCCCUGCGCAAAACCCUCACGUCCGGUUCUGUCACUUCUUCCGAUUCGGGUCACAGCACCAUCAGUCAAAUGACGGCCGAUCUGCAGUACCAGCCAAGGUGUCCGAGCCCGUCGAGGCCCGCACCGGUCCCGUCCGGCGGUGGUAGGAGGCAGCCUCCUUCGUAUAGUGUGGCCGCCCAUAUGGCCCGGUUGCACAGGUUAGGGAGGGCCCACUCUCACGAAGGGGUAACACAGGGCUAUCACUAUCACACUGACCCCGAUACCGAUCAAGACGAUGAAGAAACGCAAGUGUCGGCAGUGUAGACGACUCGCCACCCGAUAAUUGAGGUUGUACUCUAUGUGUUGCUUAACCCGACCCGUAGAUUAAAUGGAACCCGUGGGUACCGGGGUAAAUUUUGUGCUACCGAUUCGGGCGCCGAGACGCCUUGGUGCGCGAGUACGCAUCCUAUUUGAAAUUUACCCCUGGGAAGAGUACCUGAUUAAGUUUUAAAAAAAAACUCGUUUAGACCCAUAUUAGUUACUAUAUUUUUUUAUUUAUGAGAAAAAUGUGUAUUUUUUAUUAUCUAAAAAUGUAUAUAAAUAAUCAUUUAAGGUUUAGACCGAUUUAUAUUUUUCCGUGUAUGUACUUUUUUUUAAGCAAAAAUUGUCAGUAUUGAAAAUGCUAAUUGAAUUAAGUCGGAACGAUUGGAUUCGGCUUCUUCAAUAAGCUGCAGAUCGGACGAUUUAACCAAUUUUCGAGUUAGUUUUUUUUUAUAUUUCGAAACGGUUUCCAUAGUUUUACUGUAAAUAAUUUUCGAGUGAUGUAUUCUCAAAUAUUUGUGGCUGUUUAGAGCGGCUUUUCCGCGUAUUCCGAUCAAAAAUUCGACUGACGCAUGCUCGCUACCUUUUUAAAGUUUUAAUUGAACCCAGGAAAGACUGAACAAAAAAUAUUGACCCUCUCCACUUACUUUUGCGUCUUAAGAUGUAUUAAUUGAGUUUGACCGACAAAAAAAUCUCACCUUCCCGUGUUUUUAGUGACAAAUUCCAUAUCCAAAAAAAUGUUAAAGGAGUUGCAAUUCACUUUUAGUUUAUGUGAUCGAACUAGUCUUGCUCAUGUUUGCAAUUUGAAUUGCGGUUUUCCAAAGGGACUACUUUGAAAAGGCCGCAAUUCACUUUGGAAACGGUCUACAUGAGAUAUUAUUUUCCGUUCUGUAUAUUACUGUACAAAAAUAGGUUCACUGCAAAUGAAUAUUAUGUAUGUCAUUUUAUGAUUAUAAUUGCAAAAUAUACUUACCUAA